CUCCUUCCCAACUUCCUGUAGACCAAAGUGAACACUGUUAACUGUACAGCAGUGUACUCAGGAGUUCAGGAGUUCAGUAGUGCAGUAGUCCCUGCGUAAUGAGGCGACAGAAAACUACAGAGGAAGCUGACUGAACUUAAGAAGGAAGUAAUGGCACCGGGAAGCACUAACUGGAGCUGGAUUAGUACUUUACACAAGAACUCUGAAGAAGUCUCUGUGAUCUGACCUGGAUUAUUAUUAUUAUUAUUAUUAUUAUUUUCCGUCAGUAGAAGUCUAAUCUUGGUAGCAGUGAGUUCAUCUAAUCGUGUAAAUCCGUCCUGCAGCCGGGGCGCGUGAUCCUCCGGCGGUUUCCAUUCCACUCAUCUGCUCCAUUUCCUUGUGCAAAUGGCACUUCAUAUCGCCUCCAGUCCAGUCCACAAAGUUUCCCGGACAUACUGAACGAUCCCAAACCUUCUCAUGGCAUUUAAAUAAGAAUAAAAACUAGCCAAUCAGCGCCACGAUGGCAAUCCGCGGACGCAAGAGUCGCACCAAGUUGCUGCUGUUCUUCAUCUGCGCGUCACUGCUCGGAUAUUUCAUAUUUCACAAAAGCUCUGAUGGGAGCCAUGCGAAUCGGAGAGGAGCUUCAUCCGACCUAAACCCUGAAGAAGAGCCUGAGCUCCUGCGCAGACCUGUGUAUGAGAAGCCAGCCUUAGACCCGGAUGCGCUGGGAGAGCUGGGGAGAGCUGUUAAACUGGAGCUGACUGGAGAGGAGAAGAGAAAAGAAGAAGAAAGUCUGCAGAAACACCAGAUCAACAUUUAUGUUAGCGACAAAAUCUCUCUCCACCGCAGAUUACCCGAAAAAUGGAAUCCACUAUGCAAAGACCUGAAGUAUGACUACCGGAGCUUGCCCACCACAUCAGUAGUGAUUGCCUUCUACAAUGAGGCCUGGUCUACUUUACUGCGCACAGUGCACAGCGUGCUGGAAACCUCACCUGAUAUUCUACUGAAUGAGGUCAUCCUUGUGGAUGACUACAGUGACAGAGAUCAUUUGAAGCAGCCUCUGGAGAACUACAUAGCUGACCUGAGGAAAGUACGUCUGAUCCGAGCGAGGAAGAGAGAGGGGCUGGUCAGAGCUCGGCUCCUGGGCGCCUCCAUAGCCACAGGUGAUGUGUUGACUUUCCUGGACUGUCACUGUGAGUGUCAUGAGGGCUGGCUGGAGCCUUUGCUACACAGAAUAAAGGAGGAACCCACUGCUGUCGUCUGUCCUGUAAUUGAUGUGAUUGACUGGAACACGUUCCAGUAUCUGGGCAACUCAGGAGAGCCUCAGAUUGGUGGCUUUGACUGGCGCCUGGUUUUCACAUGGCACGCUGUUCCUGAAUAUGAGCAGAAACGCAGACACUCUCCUACUGAUGUCAUCAGAUCUCCAACUAUGGCUGGGGGCCUGUUUGCAGUUGGCAAGAAGUACUUUCAUUACCUGGGUACAUAUGACACAGGGAUGGAGGUGUGGGGAGGAGAGAACCUGGAAUUCUCAUUCAGAAUCUGGCAGUGUGGAGGGAGUUUAGAGAUCCAUCCCUGUUCCCAUGUGGGCCAUGUCUUCCCGAAAAAGGCUCCCUAUUCGCGGAGCAAGGCUCUGGCCAACAGCGUGCGGGCAGCAGAGGUCUGGUUGGACAACUAUAAGGAUCUGUACUACCACCGCAACCCACACGCUCGCCUGGAGGCCUAUGGAGAUGUGACGGAGAGGAAGAAGCUAAGGAUGCGUCUUGGCUGUAAGGACUUUAAGUGGUUCCUGGAGAAUGUUUAUCCAGACAUCCAUGUCCCAGAGGAUCGACCCGGCAUGUUUGGAAUGCUGAAGAAUCGAGGAAUGUCUGACUAUUGCUUUGACUACAAUCCACCUAACGACCAUAACGUGGCGGGCCACAGGAUCAUUCUGUAUCCAUGCCAUGGCAUGGGCCAAAACCAGUUUUUCGAGUACACUUCAGACAACGAGAUCCGUUACAACACAAGGGAGCCCGAAGGCUGUGCCGUGGCCGAUCCCAUCUCCACCUUCCUCAGCAUUAAUCUGUGCCGGAAAUCCCACCAACCCGUCCCUGAGGACCAAAAGUUUGUGCUCAGAGAGGAUGAUACUUUGUACCAUGUCCAGACUCAGAAGUGUGUCGAGGCCUUGCAGAAGAUUGACAACGGCAAUCCUGGUCCUGCUCUCCGUCCGUGCACUGGUUCAGCUCACCAGCAGUGGUUCUUUCAGGAGAGGACAUAGAUUUAAUAGGACAGCCUUACAGCACUUUCUGUACAGCACCAGAGCUUGAAAGGGCAUCUGACUGAGGCAGAUUCAUGGUGAUCUACAAGAUUCGCUGCUGUAUCUUCCUCUUCAUUUUGAUGUUAGAAGUGAAGGUUCACUCUUUUUUAUAUAUAUAAAAAAAACCUUUACAACUGCUGCAGCUGAAAUGGAUUUGGAGCAAUGACUUAUUCCAGUAUAGUGAUCACUGCCUCAUUCCAAGUUUUUUUUGAAUCUCUCAUUCUGAAGUUUUUGAAUUGAGAUCUUAAUUAGAAUCACUGAUUUUUGUGAUUUUUGUUAUCUCAGUGCAAUAGAUCUUACUCUUCAUCAAAUCAAAUGCUCAGUGCUGCUGGCCGAUAUACUUUUAACACGUUUAAACAUUUUUUUUUCUAAAGUAGCCUGGGGAAAAAGCCUAGAAAAAUUCAAACUUUCACAGUAAUCAGCUGGUCAUUUGUGUUUUUAAUAACCUUGCAAUGUCAGCUCCGUGGUUGGAGCAUUGGGAAGGAUUGCUACUCACAGCUCCAGUGUCCCCAGUUCCACCCUGAACUCAGUUUACUGUCGAUGCGGAAUUUCUUAUGCUCUCCUUGUAUCCGUGUGGCUUUCCUCUGAGUUCUCCAGUUUCCUCACACCUCCCAAAAUCCUGAUUUUUGGAUUGGCUAUGCUAAAUUGCCACUAAGUGUUAAUGAGUGUGUAAAUAUGUGUAUGUGUGAUAUGUUCAAGUGGACUGGUACCUUGUUCAGGGUGUGCUCCUGCCUCAUGCACAGUGUUUCUGGGAUAGGCUCACGAUUAGGGGUGUAACCAAAUAGGAAUACAGAUAUGAAUAGGAGGAAAGCUCCUAUUUUUUUCUUUAAAAAAAAGCUUGGUUCACAGGACAUCUAGGUGAUAAAAAAAUCAUUUAAAAAAAAACAACGUCUGUAAUGCAUUUACUGAAUUUAUUUAUGACAUGCUGGCAGUGCUGGUAUUUCUACCUCUGGGUUUUUUUUUAGUGUUUCCAGGGGAAAAGUGGUUGGGUUCAUAUCUGGUUUAAAAAAAAAACCUUCUGGUUUAGACCACGCCCACUUUGGGUUUAAUUCUGCAUACAGAUAUGAAUAUUUGGAGCAGCAAACAGACAUAGAUACAGAUAGUGGCACUGUAUUAUGCCCCUACUCCGGGUCUACCACGACUCUGAUAAAUGACAAAGAUGCACUGCGUUGUUACAGUUCUAAAAGUCACAUUGUCUAUCAGUCACUUGUUUUUGUCAGCUUGAUCACUUCAUAACCUUUUUUAGCUGGUUAGAGGAUUGAAUGUCAGCAGUGGUGGGGGCUGUAGCUCUGCUGCAAUACUCAUUCCAAACCACUUGAUGGUGCCAACUCCUCCAUUUUUCUUCUGUGUUGUUCUGUGUCCUCCAUGUUCUCUCAAACCCUGAUCACUUGAAGCUGGUUUAAACAUCUUAGAUUGCUGUAGUUCAGACUGAUGGUUUUAACAGUAUAGAAGCAUUUACUAUGAAUAUGCUGAUCUGAAUAUGCUGAAAACAGAACACGGUUGAACUGAUACUGUUUUAAAGGUACAUUGUAAUUCAAGGGCACUAUAGACAGAUUUUAAUGGAUGAAUAUAGAAUUGGACCCUCUUUUCUACCCAGUGAUGUGCUCAGUGAUAAUUGGUGUGGAGUGUAUGGAUAUAAACCUGUUUAGGUUGCUGAGUAAAUGUUCUGAUACUUGUUAAUGAAUAAGCAAUAUGUGACAAUGAUUGAUCAGUAGAUGCUGUAGGCUCUGUAUUAACAUUUGUUCAUCCAUGUUGAAUAUUUAUUACUGCAGAUUACUACUAUAAUAACUGAUCUUGUGCAUCAAGGAACAGCCAUUUCUUUUCUUAUUUAUAAUUUUUUCAACGUUUCGGGUGCCUUAGCUGGUUAAAAGAGUUUCAGGGGUCUGAGACAUAGAAAGUUGCUUAAUAAUAUUUUGAUGAAUUUUAAACAUGAGCCUAAUUUGGAUUAAAAUAUUGAGAUACACACAUUAGGAGUUUAUAGAAUUAAACAUUUCAGGAACAUUUCAGGAACUGUUUAUUCAGACCGACCAGUGACCUUUGAGAUACGGCACAGAUGUUCAUAAAACUUGCAGGGAUAAACAGGUGGUUGUCAGAUUGUUUAUCUGUGGAUUUACACUAGAGCACUGAGAGACCUUGCGCCAUCGAUCAAGUCUCAAAACACUGCAUAGGAUUGAUCAGAUGGUGAGAAGAAAUCCAACAUCUGGGCAGUUGCCUGUAAUGCUGAUCUCCUGAAGAAGCGUCUUAUGAGCUGUUAAAAAUGAAAUUCAAUUAACUUUAUAAAUAUUACUUUGUUGUAUGAUUCAUUGAAUUGAAAUAUAUAAUGUAUCAAACAUGUAUUAGACAUGCCCACAAUGUCUGAUACUGAAGUAGCUAUUGAAUUAGCUGCUAUCUAAUAUAGGUGAUUUUGUUAAGGGUUUUUGAAAUAGGUUUUGUUUUUGCACUUUUAUAUGAACCAAUAUCAGAGUGGAAGCAUACUGAAAAGAAAUGCCAGGCCUCUGCUUCAUAGUUCGGGUUUCUUGAUUGGAAAGGAGAAUGAAAUAUUUUACAUUUUUUUUGUGUAAAAUCUACAUGAUAAUAUGUAGCAAGAGUAAAUUCAGAUGAUGGAUGCUGUUAUUUAAGUGACCUUAACAUAUCUGAAAUUAAACAUUUAAUUCAAUUUCAAAUUCAUCAGAUUUCGUUGUGAUGUGUUGGUCUGUAUGAAGGGGAACAUCAUGUUCUAUGUGUCAAUUUUGUAUUUUGAAUUUAACAUGAAAGCAAAAUUAUUUGGUUAUUAAAUUAAAAAAAAAAAAAAAAAAAAAACCUUUCUGUAACACAUUGCAAUCCUGAAUUGCUCCAUUCUUUGUCUGACCAAGUACAGAGAACAUCCAUCUUGGCCAUGUUUUUCUAGAAACUAAGGAACACUAAUCUUUCCAUCCGCAGCAUGCUUUUGAGAUACCUCUUACACUCACUUACGUGUUUUUCUUUUGCAAAUUGAUUAUGAGGAUAGACUAGACUAUGUUGGCAUUAUGCUGACAUUAUGUUAGACUAUGCUGACAUUUCCUCUGAAGUUUAGUACGAGUGCAUAUUAUACUAUGGCUAUGCUGCCAUAGAGGAAAGGAGAGAAGGACGAACAGAAGGAAAAAAGGCAAAUGCAUGAAAAAUCCUAAUACUUUUCUUUUUCUCAUUCCUCUCAUUUUGUACUAUUUUGCAUAGUCUUUAGUGUGGUUGUGUGUGGUUUGAGUCCUCAUUUGCACUGAGUCUUAGAGGUUGAAACAUGUGCAGCUUGUGCCCUGCAGUCCUUCCUUCAUGACUCAUUCAUGACGCGCGUCUGCUGGUAUCUCACACACUGCGUGGGUCUCCUUUGUUCGAUGCCAUCCGCCUCACACUCGGGUGGUGGUGUUGGGAUAAGCAGCCCCCCAUCGCUGAUCUGUUACAGAACACACCGCGGGGCUUUCAGCAGAGGGGGCCAAGAACCUCUUCUUCCUCUCGACUGAAAACAAAGCUCAGCCUCUCUCUCUGAGUUAUGCACUAAAUUCGAGGGGGUGUUGGUGGGCUUCAGUCUCUCAAAGAACAUAGGCAUCUAUGUUAAUGCGGUGUGAUGCUAAACGGGAUUAUACCCAUACUGCGUCGGUUUGUAGCCUAAGAAAACUACAGUUAGAAAUGGAAAUGGUCUUUGUGCUAAACACAGCUCACACCUCAGAAUGAUCCAUUUGGGAGCUUUGAUAUUGAGGCAGCUUGCUCGCCUACGUGCCAUGUGUUGUGUAACAGGCUCUGUGCACACCCUGAACCUCUCUCCUCUUUCAAAUGAUGAAAACUGGAGUUGACUGAGGGACCCGUCUAAGUUCUCUCACUGAUAACGCUGAUUUACCUUAUUUUCUUUGCCCAGCUCCAUGCUGUCUGGAAAGAUAUAUAUGCGUCUUGUUUGACUUCAGUGGAUGUAUAUGCAGGAAAACACCGAAAAGAAA